AUGGAGGUCCUGCAGCCCAGCACGGCCUUCUGCAGGCAGGUGAAGGAGACUGUGAAGCAGAUCUGCGACUUCUUGAAAGAGGACUGCUUUGAGAACAUCCGCGUCCAGAAGACUGUCAAGGGUGGCUCAGCGGGCAAGGGCACAGCCCUGCAGAACAAAUCUGAUGCCGAUGUGGUGCUCUUCCUCAGCUGCUUCUCCAGCUACCAGGAGCAGAAGCAGGACAGAAAGUACAUCCUGGAUUUGAUCAAGGAGAGGCUGCAUGCCUGCAAGCAGACCCUGACGUUCACCGUGAACAUCAGUGAGCCCCGCUACAAGGGUCCCAACAAUACACCACGCUCUCUCAGCCUCACUCUCUGCUCCAAGAAGACCCUGGAGUCCAUUGAAGUAGACAUCUUGCCCGCCUAUGACGCCUUGGGGCAGGUGAGCCGGGAUAUCCUGCUAUACACUGAGGUGUAUGUGGGGCUCCUGAAUGCCAGCAGCGACCCCGGGGAGUUCUCCCCCUGCUUCACUGAGCUGCAGAAGAAGUUUGUGAAACGUUGCCCUGCAAAGCUGAAGAACCUCCUGCGCCUGGUCAAGUACUGGUACAAGGAGCUGCUGAAGCCACAGUACCCCACCGCAGACCUGCCCCCCAAGUAUGCCCUGGAGCUGCUGACUAUCUACGCCUGGCAGGAGGGCACGGGCUCCAGCGACUCCUUCGUCACGGCUGCAGGCUUCCGGACGGUGCUGGAGCUACUGUGCCGGCACCAGGAGAUCUGCAUCUACUGGGAGAUGUACUACUCGCUCCAGCACAGCCAGAUUGGCGCCCAUGUCAAGAGGCUGCUGCACAGCCCCCGCCCUGUCAUCUUGGACCCUGCCGACCCGACGGGGAUCCUUGGCCAAGGCAAGAAUUGGGACCUGAUGGCACGGGAAGCUGCCCGACACCUUUCACUGCUCUGUGUCUGUGACACCCAGCCCUGGAAUGUGCAGCCAGCCCGGCCUGUGACGAUUGAAGUGAUGCAGCUGGUGGGCACCACCCUGUGUAUGACUGUCAGCCCGGGCAUCACUAUCAGGCAGCUGAAGGAGGAGAUCGAGCAGGCCUGGGGCAUCCCCUGGUACAAGCAGCGCCUGACCGAGCCCCAGGUUAUGGAGGUCUUUGUGAAGGAUGACAAGAACCGGACCGCCACCUACAUAGUGCAGCCCACUGACACUGUCCGGCACCUGAAGGAGCAGAUCCACACUCGGCAGGGACCUCCCGCCAACCAGCAGCGCCUGACUUACGGCUCCAGGGAGCUGGAGGACAGGCACACGUUAGCACACUACGACGUCCAGCCCAGGAGCACCAUCUUCAUGCUCCUGCGUCUCCGGGGAGGGUCAGGCCCUCAGCACUCCCAGUUGCCUGCUUGCUCACCUUCCUGA